CCUUGUUGUUACCGGUCGAAAAGUUCUCGAUGCAUGGCAUUCGUGAUAUUGCAAAGCUGAUCAAACGUGUACGUAUUAUUCCUGUAGCCAUUGCCUCCCAUCAACGCGGGUUGAAUACACGGUCCAGUCGAAUGGGGCCGUCUACUCCACCAAAGGAGCUGUCAGCCGAAAUGGUCUCACAGCUUGGAAAGCCACCGAGAAUGCGUGCGGAUCCUGCGUUCAGGAAGGUAGAUACUCCCGAGUUCCAUGGCAUUUUUACUCCGGAAGUGGACUCGUUGCUGUCCCUCUUCAAGAAGUAUGACUAUGAGAUAAGAAUUGCCGGCGGAGCGGUCCGCGACAUUAUAAUGGGUAUCAAGCCAAAGGACAUUGACUUCGCGACCACAGCCACGCCAGAUCAGAUGAAGGAUAUGUUUACCAAGGAAAACGUGCGUAUGAUCAACUCCAAGGGCGAGAAGCAUGGAACCAUUACUCCGCGGAUCAAUGGCAAGGAGAACUUCGAAGUGACCACUUUGCGCAUCGACGUCCGCACCAAUGGCCGACACGCGGACGUCGUUUUCACUACCGACUGGCAACUGGAUGCGAACCGUCGUGAUUUAACUAUAAACUCUAUGUUCCUCGGCUUUGAUGGUACUGUCUAUGACUACUUUUAUGGCUACGAUGAUUUGCAGCAGCGUCGCGUUGUUUUUGUUGGUGAUGCUGACAUACGAAUCAAUGAGGACUACUUGCGCAUUUUGCGCUACUUUCGCUUUUAUGGACGUAUAGCAAAAGAUGCAGAAAGUCAUGAUCCCAGCACCUUGGCCGCCAUCAAGAAAAACGCUGAAGGUUUGGCAAGGAUCAGCGGUGAGCGAAUUUGGUCAGAGCUGCAAAAGAUAAUUGUGGGAAAUUACGGAACCGAACUGGUGUUGGAGAUGCACCGCUGCAACCUGUUUCAGCAUUGUGGGCUUCCUGUUAAGCCCAACUUGAACGAAUUUCAAAUCCUUUGUGAAACCUUGGAAAUUUUUGAGAAGCCCCACUAUCCCAUUUUGUACAUGACGGGGUUGCUUCACUCUGUUGAAGAGGCUAUGAUGCUGCACGAACGCUUAAAGCUGUCCGCUUUCGAAAGGGAUCUGGCUUUGUUUAUUACACAGCAGCGAACGAGGGUGGACUCGGAGUAUACUACCCUACGCGAUUAUCAAAAACUAUGCCUGCAGCCGUACGCCAAGCGGGAUUACGUCGAGCAACUUCUCAAGUAUACCCGCAAAGUGGAGCUCUACAAUCAAUUGAAGGCAUGGUCAACCCCCAGUUUUCCCCUCAACGGCAAUAUACUCAAGGAUCAUGGACUUUCUGGCAAGAAUAUUGGCACUGGUCUAUCACUGUUGCGCCUUAUGUGGGCAGAUAGCGACUUCCAGCUAACCUCUGGUCAGUUACUGGAGAAGCUUCCACAGAUUUUAGAGAAACUACAGCCACCUACAGGUGCACCAAGCAAAAAGAAACGAACUCAGUAACACGAUCUGUAAUCAAGAAUCUAAAUUUAUUUUCUGUAUAUAGCUUUACCUAAAAUCCUCCUGUUAAUGAAGUGCUUUUCUGGAAACUA